AUGUCAGAUAAUUCUCAUGUAAUUCCAAUAGAGGAUGAUUCAGAUAAAAGUAAGAAAAUUUCGGAAAUUGUCUGCUCACCUAACUUAAAACAUGUUGGUGUGUUGUACAACGAUGGCAAUAUUAGUCUUUGGCCUAUUGAGCAACCUGAAAAAAUAAUUAAUUUUGGCAUGAUUUACAUUGGAGAAAGUGGUGAAAAAAUAUUUGCAAUUUCGAAUAAAUAUAUUUCAUUCAGUAUUAAUAGAGACCAACCCUAUAAUUUCAAUUGUCAAAAUAAAAUUGACUAUUUAUCCUUUAUUGAUAACGGAAAUAUUAUAAUGGUCAAUACUAAAUAUUAUAGAGCAUAUGUUUUUUCAAAUAAAAAUACUAUUAGUUGGGAUUGUAAAUCAAUGAUCGAGCUGAAAUAUUUUAAAACAAUUUAUAUUACUCCUAAAGGCAAAUUGAUCAUAUUUAACGACUCAAUUUAUGAAAUCACGAUGUGGGACGUUGAAGGAUUAUCGAUUAAAACUUGUAUCUUAAUAGAUUGGUAUUUUACACCUGAAUCUAUUGAAAUUAGUGAUGAUGAAAAAUUAUUAGCAGUGUGUGCAAAAAAUGUGAAAGCUAAGAAAACAUGUUUAUAUGUUUUUUCCACCGAAACUGGGAUAAGUCUGUCAUCCUUCACUACAAAAUUGGUAAUCAAUAGAAUCCAUUUUAUCGCUUCUAGAAAGGGAGAGAGAUUAUUAUAUAUUACAGACGAGGACGACUAUAAUUUAAUGGACCCAUAUAACUUAAAAAAUCCAAUAGAUGGAAGUGAUCUUUUUGAAAAGAAUAAAAUUCAAAUUCAAGAACCAUACAUAAUUCGAUCGGAUGAAAUAUCGGACAAAAUAAUUUAUACGAUUAAUGGAAAGGUUUUAAUUGAAGAACUAGUGCCUGAUAAUUGGAUCAAAUACUUACGAAAAGAACUGAAGGACACAAAUAGAAUUACAACUCUGUCUAAAAAGACAAUUGAUAUUAUAACUGAAAUUAUAAAUAACAAAUUAACCGACGAUUAUAAUGUUGACAGGGAAUUUGAAGGAGAAUAUUUAAAAUGGGGGUUAGAAUUAGACGAUAAAUCAGUCAGACUUACGGUAAUUGAUUAUAAUCAUCGCAAAAAGAAAUGGAACCCAGAUGAUAAAAAAAAGCAUCUAGACAUUCUUCCAUCAUUUUAUCCAAAUGGAAAAAAUUUUAUAUUAUCCUGCGAAAUUCUUGAAAAUGAUGAUUUCAUUACGAUUACAUGUAUUGGAGUAAUUAUCUGGACUUAUAGAAAUGCUGAAAUUAAGAUGCAUUAUUAUUGGAAUUAUUGGAAUUAUUGGAAUGAUAGUUUAGAACAGUUCGGAUUUGAAAUGAUAAACUGUAAAAGUCCCUUUAAGGACUGGACUCCAGAAAGAAUUCUUCCUGCUUCAAAUUAUGAAACUAUCUAUAAAAAUUUAGAUAUUAAGUUCGGUAAAGGUGAAAUACAGCUUUUCAAAUUUUUUUUGGAAGAUAACAUAAAAGAAGAAUUUUAUUUAACUUGCUACGGAAAAAUUCUCAUGAAAACAUUUAUUGAAUUAAAUGACGAUAAAUGGAUUCGAUCUUUAGGAGGCAACUGUAUUGAGAACUGUAUGCCAGAAAGUAAUCAAAAUAAUCAUCAGAUUUCUAAAAUUUCUUUGUUGAGUAUUAUUUUUGAAAACUUUAAUGAAUUAUCAGACAAUCACCCUGCGUUUAUAGCGAGUACUUUAUCGUCGAUAGGAUUUGUAGUGCCUUCUAAUGUAGUAACUCCAAAUUCCAGUUCUUCACAUCUUUCCAGUUAUGGAAAAUACUGUCAUUUAUCUGAAACUUCAUUAUUUGAUAGAUUAAUUUCGAAUUUUUGGAUUCAUUGGAUUAGUUUUCAAAAAAGGUUUCAAAAUAUUCUUCAAAAUUUUCAAGAAAGUCACCCUUUUUUUGAAAAAUUCAUUGUAAACCCAAUUAUCGGCUUUUAUUCUGAGAGUCAUAGUUCAACCAUACUUGCAAUUCCUUUACCAAACUUUGUUUCUUAUCCAAAAGAUUACAAAGUUUGGAAAGAAUUAGUGUUACCUGCUUCCAAUCCUUUUGCAUAUUCGAAUAAG